AAUGUCAGAGGCUAUAAUUCCUUCAGUGUAAACAUUUAUAUUAUAUUUUAUAACACAAAAUCAUUAGUGAAUACAAAAGAUGACUGAUAAAGAGAUCACAUUAGAGGAUUUAGAGGAGACGGUGAAGCAAACAGAUGAACAACUGGACAUGAUGGAGUGGAAAAUGGAUGGUGUGGAGGGGGAACUAGUGGAGCCCAUAAGCACACAGGACAUGUGUGUCAUCAACCUGCUCAAAUCGGUCUCAGAGGUACGUUCGGACUACCAACAGUUACGCCGCGAGCUGGUUGAGGUGCAAGCACUGCAGAGGGAGCUCUCCUCGAGGCUCCGCGCGCAGUUACGUCUCGUUCACGGCAAGUUCGCGCGUCUGAGGCAGAGACUAGCGGCAGCGUCCCCGCCCCGUUGAACAUCCUCAACCACUUCCCAUGCCUGCCUGAAAUCCUGGUCAUGGCAGCUCAUGCUUUUGAAACAAUUUGCCUUUGGAAAGCUCAAAUUAAACGUCAUGAGUUUGUAUUUACCAGAUUGAAAUUGUUUUGAUAUAACAGCGUUGGUCGAAAUGGCAUGGGAAGAUAAUGUAAGUAUGAGAAAUGUUAUCCUCCAUUCAUAAAAAAAAAAUUACAAGAUGCGUACUUAAUUACAAAAUGUUAUAACUCAGAAAAAAUAUUUUUGGAAAUCAACUCUAAAGCUUUAGUUUUAAAGUAGAUUUCCUCCUGAUUCUGACUUAAUUACUUAUUAUUUUAUUAUUCAGCGUGGGAAAUUAAUUUCAAUUGUUAGUGUGUUUUGUCACUGUCUAUAAAACGAACAAAAUAAUGGGAGAAAAGGACAAAACAUUUUAAUAGUUAACCUUUAUGGUACAUUUGUUUUUUAUGAAUAGAGGUCUUAGUAUAUAUUUAAAAAUAGCUCAACAUAGUGCCCCAACCCGUAGACGGAACGUGUACCUAAUAAUAUAAAGAAACUACGAACAUAAUGUGCCAAUGUAUAGAAAUUAAUACAUCUAAUUUCUAAUAUUUAAUUAGCUAAUAUAACACAAGGUUAGAGAAAUUCUAUUGUACCUCAAUGUUUGAGUGAGAUAUAUAUAAUUUGUUAAUAUUUCAAGUUGUUUUUAAACUGUCGUGUUUAAUAGACAUAGAGCGGAGCGAAGUGAUCUUAGAGAUGAGAUUUGCACUCUUUGUAAAGAUACCUCGGAAAGGUUUGAUCGAUCG